CUUCUGCUGCCAGGCAGCAUUCAAACCUUUUUUCUAAUUAUGGCUCAUGGAACUUCAGAAUUUUGGAAAAAUUGCAUGACAGUUGCAGUUGUGUCAUUGUCAAUGUACUACUUCCUGACUAGCAGAGACCAGGACAGUGAAGAAGUAUUUGAAAAUGUUUUGGAAGGACUCCAAAGAAUUUAUACUAAGAAGCUGCUUCCUCUUGAGCAAACAUAUUUGUUCCAUGAAUUCCACUCGCCAAAACUGUAUGAAUCUGAUUUUAAAGCAAAACCAUCAGUUUUACUUAUUGGUCAGUAUUCCACAGGAAAAACUUCGUUUGUAAGAUACCUUCUAAAUGACGAAUAUCCGGGGAUGCGGAUUGGUCCUGAACCAACCACUGACAAAUUUAUUGUUGUAAUGCAUGGUGAGAAAGAAGGAAUCAUUCCUGGUAAUGCAUUGGUGAUGGAUCCGGAAAAGCAAUUUAGACCAUUAUCAAAAUUUGGAAACAAUUUUUUGAAUAGAUUUCAAUGCUCAAUAAUGAAUAACGAAGUUCUUAAGUCAAUAUCAAUUAUUGAUACACCAGGCAUUUUGUCUGGAGAAAUGCAUCAUAUUGACCGAGGAUACGACUUCACAGGUGUCUUAGAAUGGUUUUCUGAACGAGUUGACCAAAUUAUUCUUCUGUUUGAUGCACAUAAGCUUGAUAUCUCAGAUGAAUUUAAAAGGGCAAUUGAAGUUUUACGUAUUCACACAGAUAAAAUUAGAAUUGUGCUUAAUAAAGCUGAUACAGUGGAUCAUCAGCAGUUAAUGAGAGUUUACGGUGCUCUUAUGUGGUCAUUAGGCAGAAUAAUGCACACACCAGAAACAGCAAGAGUUUAUAUAGGAUCAUUCUGGGACAAACCAAUAAGAAAUGAUGUACACAAAAGAUUGUUUGAAGAUGAAGAACAAGAUUUGUUCCAUGAAAUGCAAUCUCUGCCACGAAAUGCUGCUUUGUGGAAACUGAAUGAACUAAGCAGAAGAGCACGUCUUGCUAAGGUUCAUGCAUACAUAAUAAGCACUCUUCACAAGGAGAUGCCAAUAUUAUACAGAAAAGAAGCCAAAAAAGAGCAUUUAAUUCAACAUCUUGAUGUUAUUUACAAAAAUAUUGAACACAAAUAUCAGAUAUCUCAUGGAGACUUUCCAGAGCUGAAAAAAAUGCAGGAGCUGUUGGCAGAACAUGACUUCAGCACUUUUCAACCAUUGAAGCCUGAACUGUUUGAAACUGUGGAACACAUGCUUCAACAUGACAUCCCUCAUCUGAUGGAAAUGAUAGUCCAGGAUGAAAUUCAAAAUAACACUGAACCAGAGGCACAAGGAGGAGUUUUUGAGAUUUCUGAAGAUAUGAACAAUGACAGCUCCAACAAAAGGAAGAAGAAACAGCCUCUAACUGCAGCCACUGAGAAACUGAAAUGGUCAGCAGAAGCAAAGAAGGAGUUUGGAAACCCAGACCUGCCUGAUGGAGUCCUUGGAAGAAUAUGGAAACUAUCUGAUAUUGACAGUGAUGGUCAGCUGGACAGUGAUGAGUUCUCCCUGGCCAUGCAUCUAUUGAGGAAUAAAGUGUUCCAGGAGAAUUUAAAUCAGACGCCAUUUUCAGAUGGUCAAGAUGAUAAAAUUGAAGUGUAGCUUGCAGCAAAUCAUAUUGUGAAACAGUUUUAUAUUUUAUGUGAUAUAUAUGUUAAAAGUUCAACUAUUAAUUUGAUUUUCUGCUGUAUAUAAAACAAAGAAACUCAAAACAGUGCUAGGUAAACAACCAUAGACAUGUCAUAAGACAGAAAUUCCCAGUCAUUUUCUUUUAAGCACUUACCAAGAAUUAAUCAGUAAUAACUAAAAGAGGUAAAAAACAUUUUAUAAGAUUAUCAUGACCUUCUACAGAAAAUAUGAAUGAAUUUCACUUAAAAAUCUUGUAAUGAUAAGUUCACUGAACAAAAAUAUAGUCACUUCACAUGUCAAAAAUGCUACUUAUUUCUUGGUUUUACAUGUAGUAAGGGAAGAGGUGGAACAAGAAGCAAUUGUUCUGCAAGCAUAAGCUAUUUUUCACUGCAGCCCCAGAUGUGGUACAGUACAAAACAUGUAUUUUUGUGGUGUUAAAUAAAGGUUGCUAGGGUGUUGUGAUGGAAUGGAAAAACUGAGUAAGUGCUUUCAAUUAAUUCUGAGUGGGGAAAGGCAGACCAUGCAAGUAAAUCACUACAUACUAUCCCAUGGUUUAAUUGCGUGGAUAGGGUGAUCAGAGAAAUGAAUAUUUAUUAUAUUCACU